CACCACCGAAGACAAGCACCACUCCGAAGAUGACCUUUCUCCGUUACUGUUGGUGUUUUCUGAUGUUGACGGCCGCCGCCUCCGCCUACAAGCAUUACUCCUUUUCCCAACCCAGUUUCGGAUUCGACUCCAAGCAACCCUCGACGGCCAAUUUCCACCCUCAAGCGGACCAACCUCACGGAUUCGACUUGAAACACUCGGCCUCGGCCGGCGGACAGGGCAUGGGCCAUUACGGACAGGGAAGUUGGUGGGACGGAUUCAGAAGAGGCUGGGAAGACGGAAUGAAGUACGUCAAGAACACGGGCAAAACCUUCGCCGGGACGGGAUUGGGAGGCGUAACCCCUCACCAGAUGUCGCUGGUAAAUUUCGGUGGCUCCGGGGGGUUACCUUCCGGUCACUCGCCCUCGUUCCCCGGAAGAAUGUAAACCGGCCGAGGCAAAAAGUGUAUCUUUAAGUCUGGCAACGCGAAUCUCGGGAAACGUCUUUUUAUAAUACUCGAGUUCACUCGACCUUCACCGGUCACCCACCAAAGACCCCAAUCGAUUCGAUUGCACCCACGUCGCGCAAUAUUAGCAGUCUUCACCGGUUAAGUGUAUAUAUGCGAAUUUACAUUUUUUACUAUUUUUAUACGGAAUAUGUCGAGUCUAUUAUGUAUGUUACUCAUUCCAUUUGUACGUUCUUUUCAAUAAAUAUUCGAAUGUUUUGAAAAUAAGCGCUUCCUUCAUUAAACGAAUUCCGACCGAUCGAAUCGUAAGAGAGAAAAAAAGAAUGCGGAAUCGGAUCUCCGGCACAGAGAAAAAUA